UGUGUUGUUGCACCAGAGCUGCUGUCAUGUGAUAGCUCGUCCGAGGAGCUGCUGUUGACAGUAGCUUCCUACCUUCAGAUGAAGCUAAAGUAAAUCCGAGCAGGGGAAAAGUUUUAUGUGUGCUGGAGAACAUAAACACGGCUCGUUUCUGACGGAGAACAGGGAAGCCGGGGUUGUGUAGCUUCGCCCCUCGGACGCUGACAUGGGUUGCUGUUACAGCAGCGAGAACGAGACCACAGAGCAGGACCCUGAUGAACGUAAACCGCUGAUCCCCCACCCAAACCCUGUCAGCAAACCUCCAAAUGGGACCGACUGGAUCACUACCAGUGCCCCCUCAGCGCGGACAGAUGAACAGGCUCUCCUGUCAUCCAUCCUCACCAAGACAGCACAGAACAUCAUUGAUGUCUCAGCAGCUGACUCUGUCAUGAUGGAGCAGCAUGAAUACAUGGACAAAGCUCGGCAAUACAGUACAAAGCUGGCUGUAUUGAGCAACAGUCUGCCCCAGAAGAAACCCCUCGCUCUCCCCUCCCUCACCAGCCAGCCCCACCAAGUGCUUGCGAGUGACCUGGUGCCAUACUCAGAUGUUCAGCAGGUGUCCAAGAUAGCAGCUUACGCUUACAGUGCAAUCUCUCAAAUCAAAGUGGAUGCUAAAGAAGAGCUGGUGGUCCAGUUUGCCAUCCCCUGAUUCUGCGACCCUGGCCCGCAUAUUGUUCCUCCCAUCCCACUCUCUCUGUGUCACUUCUGCAUCCUCACCCUCCAGCCUACCCUUUAUUAAAGCAUCUUGGUCCUUGUGCUUCUUAGCUAUGCCUCUAACUGCUAUAAAGACAGAGACAAUGUAGGAUUGCACCCUAUGGCUGUCCUUUAAUGUACUUAAUUAUGGGUCAGUGACAAAUUGUCAGCAUGGGCAGAUGGAAGAUGGUCUGCUGUAGAUGGGCCAUGGGGUGUGCUCUCUUAUUUACAGCAACAAAGUCUCUUCUGUACGCAAUGUGUGGAUCACAGACUUUGUCAGAACCAGCUGUGGAGAAACCAUCAUUCAUCUUUUUUGGUAAAUGCUCCAGUUAUUUUAAAAUGGUUUCAGGGUCAUCUCAGUAUCCUUAGUUAGUUAGUUUCCCCUAGCCUGUUUAUUCAGGCAUGCACCCCACACUCCAGACUGUUAUCUAAAGGCAUGGUAAAAUGUUCAGUGUAUUCACCUGGGAGAAACAGGAGAAAUGAGGAAUAUCUGUGGCAUGGAAAGAUUAAAAUUAUCACAGUACCAUAGCUGCAAGUGCAGUGGUUGAGUGUUUUAGCCAUUUACUAGGAUAAAAACUUGCAACAUGGCAUAAAGUUUGCACUUGAUGUCUUUUAUGCUGUUCUUUUGUCCUGGUGGAAAACAUGUAGAAAAUGGAGCCAGAAAAAUGUGUUGUUUUCUCUUAAGGUUAAGAUGUCAUUAUAAUUUAGAGGAUGAGAUUUGGGUAUCAAGCAUCUCACAGUAAUCUGAUGUCACACUGCAGCAAGAAACGUGUCCCAUUAUGACCUAAACAUGAAUUGGUAAACCAACCUGACUGAGUAAAUUUCAUCAACAUUUCAUUGUAAAUUGUUUAAAAAAAUCGACAGUGAAACAGGCUUGGUUGUUUUUUUGUUAUUCUGGUUGAGGCUAAAUCAUGAGUGACCCAUCCACGGCUGGUGUCCUCUGGUGGGUGAGGAUGCAACACAAGCAAGGGGGUGCUGGGUGGGCCUACUAAUGUCACAGGAGAGGGGGAAGAUGGAGCUUUCUUGGGGCAAAAGCUCUCAAGUUUACAGACAGUGAUGUGUCCUCUGCAGUUUUCUAGCACUAAAACAAUGAGCUGGCAGACUCUUUGAAUCCAAUCCCAGAAUUUCGCAUAUUAAAUAGCAGUGGAGGUAUACAGAGAUGAAGGGGGUGGGCGUGUGGAGGGUGCAGGGACAGAUGUGUAUUCAUGCCGCCUUUGUACAGAAUUUUCUGAUUGAUGAUAAAAACAGAUGAUGGAUUGUAUGAAGUUCCUCUUUUUGUAGAGAGUUCAUUGGUCAGGAUUGGCUGAAGAUCUUGUGGUGAUUAACAAAUGUUUUUAUGGAAAAAAAAAACACAAGAACACUUUUAAGGCCUGAGUUUGUUAGCUUUUAAACAAAGCUUUUCGCUGCAGAUUGUAAUAUGAUUGAGUUAUUGAUAUUAAUCAGAAACUAACCAUUGUAGCAGUGUGGGACAGCGCUAACAAUCUAUGUACCACAGCAGAUAAAAAUGAUCUGAGA